AUGAACAAGGAAAAUAAGGAUGAUUUCACGUUCGCAAGGUUAUCUGAUCUCAAGCUCCCAGUGACUUUUCGAAUCUCCCAGCUUGAGGGCAUACGACACCCGAAAUCGUUUACGGAGGUCAUUGAGAAUCCAGAGCUGCGCUUUCGCGGCGUCCAGUCUUCGUCGCUUUCCGACCUUUAUGUCACUUGCCAAUUGGUCGCGGAUAACAAACCAUUGACCAUUCCUUUUCGAACGUCGUAUAAAGCCUUCAAAAACAAUUACACGUGGAAUGAAUGGAUCAGCUUCCCAAUCCGAUACUGCGAUCUUCCCCUCAGCUCUCAAAUUACAUUUACAGUUUGGGACACUUCAGGGCCUAGAGCGUCCGAACCUGUCGGAGGGUCGACGUUUCGCUUGUUCGGCAAGAAAUGGACACUGCGAAGAGGGAAACACCGCCUACUUCUCUGCCUUGGGAAAGAAGCUGAUGGGUCAAUUGAAUCGACAACUCCGAGUAAGAUCGGGGCCCGAGAUGAGAUGGGCCGGCUUGAAAAGCUUGUGAAGAAGUACGAGCGUGGGGAUCUACCUAAGUCUGACUGGCUUGACAAGAUGGCGUUCCGGAAGAUGACUGAGAUUCAUGCUGCAGAAACCGAGAAGUCAGAUACCUUGUUUCUGUAUAUCGACAUGCCGCGCUUUGACUUUCCUGUCAUCUUCAGUGAAUCUGCCACAACGGCAUCGACGUCAUCCCCAGCGGUUGUCCAAACGAGCGCCCACCCACCUAUCACACCAUCUAUCUCAACCUCCUUUGCAUCUGACCCUUACCUCUGGGUUGUCCUUGAUCCAGAUGGGCCCCGAGAUAACCCUGUUGAAGAUAAGCAUCGUAGGCUGGUCCGUAGUCAUCGAAGUAGCCCUUACGACCGGGAGCUCAAACCGAAUACAAAGAUUCGUGACGACUUAGGGGAAAUUCUGAGUUACGCCCCUAGUCAGCCCUUGAGCUCUGAAGAGAAGGAUCUCAUUUGGAAGUUCCGCUUCUAUCUUGCCAGGGAUAAGCGAGGGUUAACUAAAUUUCUCAAGUCGGUGACAUGGCGUGAUGCAUCGGAAGUCAAACAAGCAGUCGAAGAAUUACUCCCACAGUGGACAGAAAUAGAUACAGACGAUGCUCUAGAGCUGCUUGGACCUAGCACAGUUGACUCGCGUGUGAGAGCGUUUGCGGUAAAGCAGCUCAGCAGAGCUGAUGAUGAUGUGCGUAUUACAGCAAGCGAGCAAAGAUCGGCACGGUCAACUGCCAGCGCCAUAUCUUAUGAUGACAGCGGUCUGGCUGAUUUCCUCGUCGCCCGAGCAGUUGAAAAUCCGGUAUUAGGGAAUCGUCUUCAUUGGUAUCUUUCUGUCGAAGUGGCUUUAGGUGUAAUGGCCAAGAUGUAUGCCAAAGUUGAAUUCAAGUUUCAAGAAUUACUAGUGGCCCAGAAACUUGGACACCGUCGCAAUCUGAUGGCCCGGCAGGGACAGCUAAUUGCAACUUUGGCUAGACGUGCAAAGGAACUCCGUAUGUCCAAAGAUCCGCGUCCCAAGAAGAUUGAAAAGCUGCGCUCGUUCCUCUCCGACUCCAAGAAUGGUCUCUCCUCCAUGGAGCCACUUCCCCUACCCCUGAACGCCACGAUUGAGGUUACUGGAAUAAUUUCCGAAAAGUCAUCCGUGUUCAAGUCAAAUCUGUACCCAUUGCUGCUGUAUUUUUCGUGCAGCGAUGGCUCCGAAUUUCCCGUCAUCUUCAAAGAUGGGGACGAUCUGCGUCAGGAUCAGCUCGUCAUACAGCUAUUCACGUUGAUGGACCGACUUCUUCGUCAAGAAAACCUUGAUCUCAAGCUCACGCCAUACCAUGUUCUAGCGACUGGCCCACUGCAAGGAAUGGUUCAGUUCAUUCCCAGCAAGACGCUUGCCGCGAUUGUCAGCGACAAUGGGACCUUGCUGAACUAUCUACGGGCAAAUCACCCAGAUGAGGGCAGCGUUGGCACAUACGGUGUAGAGCCAAGCGUUAUCGACACAUUCAUUCGCAGUUGUGCUGGCUACUGUGUUGUUACGUAUCUGCUCGGUGUAGGCGACCGCCAUCUCGACAACUUACUAUUAGCACCUGAUGGUCAUUUCUUCCAUGUCGAUUUCGGAUACAUCCUCGGCCGUGAUCCAAAGCCGUUCCCUCCUGCUGUCAAAGUAUGCAAGGAGAUGAUUGAUGGUAUGGGUGGCGCCCAAUCCUUGCACUACGCGCGGUUCAAGAACUUUUGCUUCACGGCGUUCACCAUCCUACGCAAGAGUGCAAACCUUAUCUUGAACUUGGUAACCCUCAUGGUGGAUGCCAACAUACCUGACAUCAAGCAUCGCAACGUGCAUGAGCAGAUACAGGAGAAGUUUUUGCUCGACUUGACAGAAGAGGAGGCAAUCAAGCAGUUCGAGACGUUACUGAAUGAGACAUCCUACUUUACGAAAGUCGUGGAUCGGUUCCACGACUUGGCUCAAUACUGGCGAAGCUAGACAUGGUUCUAGGGGGAUUGUAAGAUACCAUGGGAUCGCGAUAAAUAUGCACAGUCUAUAAUGCCUCGAUUA